AUGCGUGUCUUCGCGUCCGGAAGCGCCCUUGCGGCUGCUGCCGUCCUGAGCGCUGCCUCAUGUCUGGCACGAGACAUGGGCAGUAGCAAUCCGGCCACUCACCAGAUGCGCCGACGACCUAGAUCAGAGCUGCUCGACCUCGUCGCCCGGCAAGCGCAGGCUCCCGCGCAAGUCCCAGCGACCGACGAACUUCAACAACAGAUCAUGCAGCAGGCACAGACUGAUCCCAUUGGGGCUGCUAGGCAAGCAGACAGCCUACAAGGUGUCUGGGGCAACACCCAGGGAGGCGGCAACCUACCCUUCACACUCAUCAGUGGAGACUCUGAGAGCGAUCCUUUCGGACCGAACAACCAAUAUUCUUGGAACAGGAAUGUCGACUGGGUUCCCAAUGCCAAUGCCAACCCAGCAGGCGACGAUGCACAAAACACUCAAGGUUGGACUGGGCUUCCAGACGUAGUUGGGUUCCAGUUGAACCGGACAUGGGAGGUUGUCCCUGGUGCCACGCAGCCGUUCUACAUCUCGGCGGGCUGGCAAGAUCGUGCAUCAACGAUCAAGCGAGCAGUCAUCACUAUGCCCGGUAAACCUCGUGAUAGUUGGAAAUACUCUCAGCUUGUUCGCAUCGCGUUGAACGUUACCGUCACGAAUUUCCAGCAAUACGGCCUGACAAACUUUGACGACGUCAUCGUCAUCGGCCCUGCUUGGCUGAACCAGUUCGAUCAAGAGUAUGGCGCUUCAAGGCCAACCGAUCUAAUCUUCCACGGCUCUCAAUGGCAAUCGGGGGGUUACAGCCGAUCUCCAAACCUCACCCGCAGCAUCACCACUUACGACGUCUUGGAUGCCUUCACCGACUGGCUCUUCGAUCAGAAGCAAUUCCCAGCUUUGACAUCGGUGGCGUUCGCAGGCCAUUCCAUGGGAGGCCAAGCGGUCCAGCGUUAUGCGCUCUUGAAGAAGACGAAGGCAUACGACCGUAACAUUCACUACUGGAUCGGUAAUCCCGGUUCUUGGGCUUGGCUCUCCGACUCGCGAACAUUCCCUACGAGCAACUGUUCAGCGACCUUUGACGAAUGGCAAUAUGGGCUGGGCGGUAAUCAGACCAAAGUUACGAAGUACGCUCGCAAGGAUGUUAUUGCAAACCGACAAGAUGUGGUAGACCGCUUCAAGACGCGCAAUGUGCACUAUGGACUUGGUCUGCUGGAUAACGGUGCUGGUGACACUCACUGUGAAGCUAUCACUCAGGGCGGGAACCACUUGAACCGAGGCAACCAAUUCGUAUUGGCCUACGAGAACAAUGGCGGCUUUCCCUCCACGCACACGGUGGACUACGUUCCCAACGCUACCCACCAGGACUACUCGAUGAUUUCUUGGAACUUUACGGUGAGUCAGAUUGGGUCAGAGCGACGCAGUGACUCUAUUCGCUGACCUCGAUUGCACAUGCGCAACAUCCAGCUACAACGCCUGUUCACGGAUGGCAUUCAAACUCGUCAACCUGCCUUGACUGAUUUGCGCAACCCAGGCGACAAGAACAAAACGACUGGCGCCGUGCCCAAUCCUCCUCCUCGAGCAUUCGCAACGCCGAUUCACAAGAUCGUAGCGUACGCUUUGCUUGGAGGCUCGGUUGCAGGAACGGCUCUCGCCUUCUUCAUUCUACCCUUCCUCUUCUCCAACAACACUUCGACUUGGGAGCAAGAGCAGUGGGAAGCAGAAAGCAAGCGCAAGCUUCUGUAA